CAGAUUUCAUGAUGACGUCAACAAUCGUCACCGCCGGCCGCUUGGCAGUUCAGAGCUCGCGAACCCGUGAACAAGUCGCUUCAAGUGGGCCACCUGCUCAUUUGUGAUGGCCCAACAGACUGUCGUGGAGAAAAUGAGUGAACUCAACGUUGCCGAAGGUCAAAAGGGAGGUAAAGAUGGAGGAAAGAAGAAGGUGAAAAAUAUUGCAGGAGAUGCUGGUGGCAGAGCUGAGCUUUCACCAGCCCCGGAGUACAUUGAUGAGCGCCUGACGUUAUACGCCAAGCUCAAAGCUGAGCACGAUGCCCUCAUGGCAGAGAGAGCGGCCAAAGAGUCUCACCCCAUUAAAGUCACUUUACCCGACGGGAAAGUGGUGGACGCAGAGUCGUGGAAGACCACCCCUUACCAAGUGGCUUGUGGAAUCAGUCAAGGUCUGGCCGACAACACGGUGAUCGCCAAGGUGAACAAAGGCGUGUGGGAUCUGGACCGGCCUCUGGAGGACCACUGCAGUCUGGAGCUGCUCAAGUUUGACGAUGACGAGGCUCAAGCUGUUUACUGGCAUUCCAGCGCUCACAUCCUGGGUGAAGCCAUGGAGCGAGUCUACGGGGGCUGCCUGUGCUACGGUCCGCCCAUCGAGAACGGCUUCUACUACGACAUGUUUCUCGACGGCAACGAGGGGGUGUCGAGCAAUGACUUGCCCUGUCUGGAGGGUUUGUGCAAGAAAAUCAUCAAGGAGAAGCAGCCAUUUGAGAGACUGGAGAUCAAAAAGGAAACUCUGCUGGAGAUGUUCAAGUACAACAAGUUCAAGUGCCGCAUAUUGAACGAGAAGGUCACCACUCCCACCACAACAGUUUACAGGUGCGGCCCUUUAAUCGAUCUGUGUCGGGGUCCGCACGUGCGGCACACAGGAAAAAUCAAGGCACUUAAGAUCCACAAGAACUCCUCCACAUACUGGGAGGGAAAAGCCGACAUGGAGACCCUCCAGCGGAUAUAUGGAAUCUCUUUCCCGGACCCCAAAAUGCUGAAAGAGUGGGAGAAGUUUCAGGAAGAGGCCAAGAACAGAGAUCAUCGCAAACUGGGCCGGGAGCAGGAUCUGUUCUUCUUUCACGACCUGAGUCCAGGGAGCUGCUUCUUUCUGCCCAAAGGCGCCUUCAUCUACAACACGCUGAUUGAGUUCAUCAGAAGUGAGUACAGGAAAAGGGGCUUCCAGGAGGUGGUGACGCCCAACAUCUACAACAGCAAACUGUGGCAGACCUCCGGCCACUGGCAGCAUUACAGCGAAAAUAUGUUCUCCUUUGAGGUGGAGAAGGAAACAUUUGCCCUCAAACCUAUGAACUGCCCCGGCCACUGUCUGAUGUUCGACCACCGGCCACGCUCGUGGAGAGAGCUGCCGCUGCGCAUGGCUGACUUUGGCGUCCUGCACCGCAACGAGCUAUCGGGGGCCCUCACCGGCCUCACCCGCGUCCGCCGCUUCCAGCAGGAUGACGCUCACAUCUUCUGCUCCAUGGAUCAGAUCGAGGACGAGAUCAAGGGCUGCCUGGACUUCCUGCGCACCGUCUACGACGUCUUCGGCUUCACGUUCAAGCUGAACCUCUCCACGAGACCUGAGAAAUUCCUGGGAGAGCCCGCCGUCUGGGAGCAAGCAGAGAAGCAACUGGAGAACAGCUUGAAUGACUUUGGGGAGAAAUGGGUUCUCAACCCGGGCGACGGAGCUUUCUACGGGCCAAAGAUCGACAUCCAGAUCAAGGAUGCCAUUGGCCGAUACCAUCAGUGCGCCACCAUCCAGCUGGACUUCCAGCUACCCAUCCGCUUCAAUCUCUCUUUUGUUAGCCAUGAUGGAGAUGACAAGAAGAGACCAGUGAUCAUCCACAGAGCCAUCCUGGGAUCGGUCGAGCGGAUGAUCGCCAUCCUGACCGAAAACUACGGAGGCAAAUGGCCGCUUUGGUUAUCACCUCGCCAAGUUAUGGUCGUCCCCGUGGGACCAACCUGUGAGGACUAUGCGCAAAAGGUUCAACAAGACUUUCACAACGCCGGCUUCAUGAGCGACGUAGAUCUCGAUCCCGGAUGCACUCUAAACAAGAAGAUUCGAAACGCCCAACUGUCACAGUACAACUUUAUCCUGGUGGUGGGGGAAAAAGAGAAGACGAGUAACACGGUGAACGUGCGCACUCGGGACAACAAGGUUCACGGCGAGCGCGGCGUGGACGACUGCAUCCGGCGUCUCAAAGAGCUCAAAUUGUCCAAGAGCCGGAACGCAGAAGAGGAUUUCUGAGAUGUUUUCUUUCAUCUCAGCACCUGAGUCAAUUAUCGGUAAAAGGGCUCUGACUUUCUUUUUUUUUUUUUUUAAAGAAGCCAAAUUGGCCAACUCCAUUUUUUUUCAAUCAACAAUAUGUCAAUAAUCAUGUGUAACUUGGUGCCUGGUCUCCUAUUCCAACUGUAUUUGCUCUUGACAUGACUUUGGUCUUUUGGCUUUAACGGUCGAUUGGUGUUUUUUUUUCUUUUCAUGCUGUCUUCAUGUUUUCAGGGAAUUGUACAUGAGUUGCAAUUUGGGUAAUUAAACAGUCUAUUCUUGA